UAUCUUCCAGCAUACUGUCGGAAAUCCGACAGUAGAAGAAAUUUUGACUGGUGUUUCAGUUACGUUUCCCAUAAAACUCGAAACGAUAUGUUUAUUAUUGCACAACAACUCACAGAGUAACCUAUGCUGGAUGCAUGCAAAUGUUGCGUCGUAGGUUGGUGAAUCGUAAGGAGCAGGUCCAAGUCUGACUUAGAAUGAAGGUAAAGAUCCAUCAGUGGAACGGUGUGGCGUCCUGGCUCUGGGUGGCUAAUGAUGAGAACUGUGGUAUCUGCAGGAUGCCCUUCAACGGUUGCUGUCCAGAUUGCAAAGUGCCUGGAGACGACUGUCCGCUCGUGUGGGGUCAGUGUUCCCACUGUUUCCACAUGCACUGCAUCUUAAAGUGGCUGAACUCACAGCAGGUGCAGCAACAGUGUCCCAUGUGUCGACAGGAGUGGAAGUUCAAAGAGUGACGCAUAAGUGGCGCUGUUGUACUUGCAAAGACUCAAGUGUCCCUUCUGUCUCUGCUGUAUAUAUUGUGUUCAUAUAAAUGUGAAUAAUGGUUUUGUACUUGUCCUUCUGAUACAAUAAAAAAUAUCUUGAACUGGA